CUUACCCGUCAAAGCAGCAGCACGCCAGCUAGCAGAGUUGUGUGGCACGCCCCGAGAGACCCAAACAAAAGUUGUAAACUGCAAAGAGAAAGUGCGUUCCGUGCGGUAUCCAAAAAAAAGUGCACAGCCCUCGAAGGACUAUACGUAAACCGACAACAAAAAGUGCAAAAAGAAAAACAAACAAAACAACAAACAAACAAAAUGGCAAAUAAUAAAGUUAUUUUCGGUGUCUUGUGUUUGGUCACACUGGCCGCAGCCCUGCCGGCCGAGGAGACGCGCGGCCACGCCCGCAACGCAAUCGGCGGCGAGAACGACAUUAUGGAUAGCAUCUACAGCGACUGCCUGAGGAAGGAUUCGGUGUCGUGCGUCAAGUACAAGCUGUUCAACUUCGUGGACAAGGUGCUCGGCGCCCGCGACCAGUUCGCCCUCACCGAGGGCGUCACCGUUGUCCGCUCCGACGAUGCGCCCGCGCAGGAGGCGGCCCGCUCCAUCUCCGGCGACGAGUCGUUCGAGUCUCUGGCCCUCAACCGCAUCAGCAGCUUCCUCAACUCGCACACCAUCAAGGUGGAGCUGAAGGGCGCCGACAUUGUCCAGGCUGUGAGCUCCACUGGCCGCGCCCUCGAGGAUGCCUCCGAGUCCCUGUUCGGCAGCAACGAUCCCAACGCACCCGAGGAGAGCCGCGGCAAGAAGAAGAAGGCCGCCAAGAUCCUGGGCCCCAUUCUGGCUCUGGUUGCCCUCAAGGCCGCCGCCCUGCUGCCCCUGCUGCUCGGCGCCAUCGCCCUGAUUGCCGGCAAGGCCCUGCUCAUCGGUAAGAUCGCUCUGGUCCUGUCCGCCGUGAUCGGCCUGAAGAAGCUGCUCUCGCAGGAGAAGCACGUCACCUACGAGGUCGUCGCCCAUCCCCAUCACAGCAGCAGCCACUCGGCCAGCCACGACUCCUACGGCAGCGGCUACAGCGCCGAUGCGGGCGCCUCCUCUGCCUCCUACGGCAGCAGCGGCCACGGCGGCUGGGGACGUUCCAUCGAUGCCCAGGAUCUGGCCUACGGUGCCCAGAAGCCAGCACAGGCCUAAGUCAAUCCGAGCACGAGAGACCACAAUCAACCACAAUCACAAGGAAAAACAUCACAAAAAGAGAAUCAAACACGACUUUUGAGCGCCCAAUCGAGCGCUCGUGAGGAGGAGAAACAUAUUAUUUAUCGUUCGUUUUAAUUAAUUUAUUAAUUUA